AGUACCUACAGCUCAAUCAUUGAGCAAUGCCAACCGUCUCGUCUCACGAGCCGACAAAACGCGUCAUCGCUUACUAUUACAAUUAUAGGUGCGCAUACAUAAACGAAGCGGUGGCAGCAAUCGAGUCUCAUUUACAUGUGUGCCCUUCUUUGUGUACACAUGUGGCCUGUGCUACACUCGCUAUCGGCAGAACGACUCACACAAACGUAUUUCAUCAUAUCGCCGCGGCUCCGAAUGAGCACACGAGUGCAACUAGACAGACCGUUUGGAUGUGUGCGCGUCAACAUUACACACCGCACAGCUGUGUGCGGCGACAUCGGGGCAGCCGGUGCACCGUCACCCGCCCGUCCUCCCCGCUACGCGACUGCGAACACCGCGGCGCGGAGCGGCCGCGUCCGCGUCAUUGAACAACAAGACUCGCUCGAUGGCAGGCGCCUUCCUGCCAAUAUGAAAAAAAUAGUGCUAAGAAACUCUGUUACAAAAUUCGCGAUAGUAGAAUUUAUAUGUUAUCUUUGUUUUACAAAUUAUUUAUUUUUAUAGUGUUAUUACAAUGAAAACCAUAUUUUUAUUUAUUAGUGAAUGAUAGUUAAUUAUUGAAAAAGCGCUUUACGGGUGUUGUAAUCUCCGUGUACAGCCUUAUGAUUGUUUUGUUUAAAUAUUUUAAGCUUCUAUAAGCAAAUUACAAAAUGUGUAGUGUUUGAAAACGCAAGCUCGUUCUAACCACGGCAGUGUGAUCGAUUUGUCUACAAGUGAAUCCACCGGAGUGUCAUCGCAAUAGAAACAAACACAGCCCGGAAUUCUGUGGAAACCUACAUCAUUGUGGCCAACACUGAUUCAAAUAUGUGUUGUGAUUUACAGAUGCUCUCGGUACAAGUGCCGGGGUGCGCGGGCAUGGAGCGGUUGGGCGCGCCGGGGGGACCGCGCCUGCGGCACGACCACAGGCACCAUCAUUCCACAUUGGAAUGGGAGAAACAGCAAAGGCUGCAGGCAAUGGUGGGUCGCCUGCAGGAGAUGGUGGAGCAAGAGACGCGCGCGCGCUCCGCCGCCGCGGCCGAGCGCCUCGGCCUGCCGCCCAGCAUACAGCUGCCGGACGGCGAGUACGGCCAGGACGCGCAUCUACAGAUACGAGUCCCUUAUCAGGUCCCAAGCCGAGCUGACGAGAAGCAGCUUCCAACCUCCGCCGAACAAGUGCGUGAGCGACGUGCCCGAGUGGGCGGGCGCGACGGACGCGCGGCGCGUGCAGGGCGGCGGCGGGGGCGGCGCGGGCGGCGGCAAGAAGGACGGGCUGCUGCAGAAGGCCACGCGCUGGUGGGUGCGCAUGGGCGCGCGCCCGCCGCCCGCCUACCUGCCGACCGCGCCGCCGCCCUGCGUGAUGGUGCCGCGCCGCGCCGCGCCCUCGCCGCCGCCCGACGCGUGACGUCGCCGCUCCUUCGCACCUCUCUAUCAUAUCACGCUUACAUUCCAUUAUCGGGACGAUCAGACUCGCCGGAGUGCACGCGCGUCCCGGAGUAUUAUAGACUUGGUAAUUUAUUUAUUUGGGACUGGCGGGCGCGGGGCGCGGGGCGCUUGUGAUAUGUGCGACAGGGUCGUGUGGUGACAGUGCGGAUCGUGCGGACCGUGUGGAGUGAGUCGCCUCGCCGGCGAGCGUUGCUAGUCUUGAUACUCUAAUCGGUGUAGACGUAGAGGUAAUUGUUUCUAUUGAAGUUUGAUGAAACAAGACGAGGUUUCACUGCCCGCUAUUUGUGUUGUAGGUGUGUAUGGCGUUGCAUAGAGUGUACGUCCGUGUUCCUCGCACUGUCUUUGAGUUUUCGAAAACUAAGACUGAAAUAAAUAAAAAAGAUAACACUAUAAAGUUUACAUUGAGUAUGUUGUCUUAGGUAAAAUUAAUUCAAAUAGAAACAAUUAAAAUAUAUAAUAUUUAAAGAAUCUUUCGAUUGUAACCUUCGAUGAUAUUGUAUAUUAUGAAAAAGGUCAGUCAAUAGUAUGCUAUAAAUGUCUUGCGAUGUACAGUUCAUGUUUAAGUAACCUAUUUUAAAGUUUAAUUUCUAUCCAGCAGCUAAAUCUGUGUUUAAACAACUUUUAUAUUUAUUUAAAUAUAAUGAUGUAUAAAAUAAUGCAUAUCAGUACAGUAAUCGCGAGGAAUAUUAAUUUACAAAGCAUAGUUACUAUUUUAUUGUAAAUAUUGUCUCUAAUUUAAUAUUAGACUACGUGAUGACCAAAAGCCAAAAUACGAUGGUCAUUUGAUUGAGUGUUUGCUACAUUCCAUAUUUAUGUUGAAAUAUUUUCAAUAAUUUACUGUACUCGCUUUCAUUUAUCUGCCGUCAACCUAAGCAACUCACACAUUGUAAUAUCUCGCUCUUCGCUUUUAGUUAAACAGUCAUUAUGUCAUGCUGACAAUAAUUAAAUAGUGAGUAAUGUUAUCAAUGCAGAUAAAUCUCAUUAGAGAAUAGUCAUUGAUUAUAAAAUUGGUUGAAUUAGUUGUAAAUUAAGUAUGUAUUUAUUACUUAUCACAUAAGGUUGGGUAUUGCUGACCUGCUGCCCGCAGGUCUGAUAUAUUUUGAGAUAACAUAUAGUUGUAUUCCUAUCGGAAAUUGUUCCAACUUUCCACUGUAGUCAUUAAAAAGUGAUAUAGCUGAAAUUAGUUAAUUUGCUGCAAUAGGCAUAUUUUCCCAAAAAUCGUAAAGGUUUUUAAUCAUAAUAACUAGAUAAUAGAAUUUUGGUGCUUAAUCCAAUUUAAAAGUAAAUUAUAAUUGUUAUUAUAUUUGCUUUUUAGUAAAAAGCACAUAUUAUUUUAUCUACUGACUACAGUAUUUUUUGUAAUAUACCAAUAUAAGUAUCUAUAUAUAUAAAAUACAUGUAACGGCUCGUCGAAAUAAUACGAAACUUUUAUCACAGAAAAUAGAGAAACAGGGAAUGGCUUCAAAAGAAAACAAUUAUGUUUAUUAACAAAUAUUGGUCUGAAGUGUAGAGAGCAAAUAACUUUCUGAUUUCUAAUUCCUCCCAAUCAUAAAUUUGUAAUAAUUACUCUGUUUAAUCCGUAAACAUACCUAAUAAAACUGUAUGCACCAUACAGUUAGGCUGAAGAUUAUUUCAACUCUGACUUUUUGAACAGUUAAACCAAUACCUAAAUAAUACUAGUUACAACCAAUAAGCAUAGUGCAACAUAAAAGUGUAGAAAUUGAAAAAUGGAAUUAAUCAAACUAUGAAAUAAGGAAUUGAAAUGUGGCAACACCACAUUUGCUAUCACUAUAACAAAGAUCAUCCAUUGUAGAGCAACCAAUUAUUGUUGAUAAUUUUAUAAGCUAAUUAAAAUUGUAGUGUUACAGAGUAUUUCUUCAUCAGAUUAUCAAUACAAUACAAAUAAAAUUUAACUGAAUUUAAUUUAAAUAAAAUUGAAGUUUAAAUAUAUAUUUAAAAAAUCCUUGAUUCCCGCAGAAUUUGUGAAAAACUGCAUUUCACGCGAACAAUAAAUAGGUACAUAAUAUACUUCAGUAUUGAAUAUAUAAUAUCAAUUCUUAUCAAUCUUAUCGGUCACAAGUGGAUCACAGAACACAGGCUUAUUAUAAGAAUGACAACAACACCCUCAUUUAUUUUCUAUUAUUUUAUGUCGCACUAUGCUAUAUUGUUUCAUCAUAUUUGAGAACUACAGUGAUUGUACUCAGUAUAGAUCUUUUUGGAAAUAUGUGUAAUAUUGUGUGCUUGUUAAACUUGCUAAUGUUUUUAGAAAAGUCGGAAUUUAACAAUUACAAAAAAAAAGAAAAACAAAAUUCUGCUUCAUUACAUACAGAUAAAAUUAAUAAUGUCAAAAUCAUUCACGACAUAAGUUACGUUACAGGCUUGCUAGCUUAAAACCUGUAACUACGUAUACCUAUUGCAUUAGAAAUCCUAUUAAAAUUGAAGUUUCAAUUUAAUAUAUUAUAAUCGCUAUAAUAUAUAUAGACAUAUAUCAUACCUAAAUACAAAAAAAAAAUAAACAGCGUCAUUAAUAUAUUAGAUAUUGACUGGAAAUACCAAUUAUAAUUCUAGAUGGGCUAAAAUUUAUAUUUCAAUUAAAUAAUUACAAAAUACAUACUGCAUAUUGAUAGUUCAUAAUCGUAUGUAGUCUUGGGUUUAUAUAUAUAGCACCAGGGAUGUUAUAGAACUUCAAGAAGGUAAUCCAACCUAUUAAAUAUUAGUAUAUAAAUAUAUAAAACUCAAAGGUGGCUGACUGACAUAGUGAUCUAUUAACGCACAGCCCAAGCCUCUGGACGGAUCGGGCUUAAAUUUGGCAGGAAGAUGACGUGACGUAGGCAUCCGCUAAGAAAUCAUUAUGAUCAAUUCAACCCCCAAGGGGAUAAAAUAGGGGAUGAAAGUUUGUAUGAAACUUUGUCAAUUUUGCGGCGAUUUAGCUGAAAUUCUCAUCUCAUCAAUCAUCCCUCAUGCUCAUCCUGGAAAUAUCCAUGGUUCACGCGAGAUUUGUGAAAAACUGAAUUCCACGCGGAUGGAGUCGCGGGCGCCCGCUAGUCAUAUAUAAUCUUAAAGUUAUAUAUAUAUAAAAUUAUAUUCACCUGCAAUCUAAACUGUGAAAAGAAAAGUUUUCGAAUAAGUUGGGAUAGAAUAGAGUUUGAAUGAGACAAAUCCAAGACAUUCUAGCCGCGCGCUCCCUAUUGUAUAUUAUUUCUUUAGCUUAUUCAUAGCUAGUCCAUUUUAUUUUUUAGAUUCCUUAAAAAUCCAAAAUCAAAAUCGAUUAUCAAAACGUUCCGAAGCAAGCAAUUAACCCAUUACUAUUUAAUAGUUCAGUCACAGGCAUUUGAAACCAGUAAAAUAUUAUUCCAUAUAUAUAAAUCCAUAUAUUUGACUCAGAUCUGAUAUUUCAUAUAUAACAUCCCUGUAUGUGACUAUAUAACUGCACAACAAGUUUUAGAUAUAUCUUAUAGAAAUAAUAUUUAUGUUUAAUUUAAUUAUUCAAAAUAUCCUUCAUUUAAAGGAACCUGAUAAUAACUGUAUGCAGACUUUGCAAAUCACCUUUGAUAAGAUAAUACAAGAAAGUUUGCUGGUGCUGUCACAGUAAUAAUAGUAUUUUAAAGUAGUAGAUGCCCUAAAAAUGUGGUUUUUGGAAUAUUUUUUAUGAAUUACUUAUGACAUAAAUUAAUAAAAUUGAUUGAUUCAUUAGAUAAGCUUAAAUUAUAUUUACUUAAAUGUCAAUUUUGUUAAUGUAUUUUUAUAAAAAGCAUAAUUUUCAUCCUAAAUUGUUAAAAUGACUUAAAAUUGUUAAAGGACUUCAAGAUUAUGGAAUUUGAUUUUACAAAACAAUUAAAUUUAAUGAGCAGAUACAUGGAAAACGUUUGAUGGUUACUACAUCAAAGUUUUUAUUGUAUCAUAAAUGAUUGAACACAUUGGAGCACCUAUCAAUCAGUAAUCCUUAAAUUUUAAUUUGUAAGUCAAGAUACUUAUUUACUAGAGUAAGUAUCAUCAGUAGGUAAUCAAUAGUAACCAAAAUGUUGUUGUAAAAUCAAGUUCCAAACAUGUAAACGAUUUUAUAAGCUACCUUUAAUGUAAAACAUCAUGUUUUUUCAUGAUGUUAAUAAUGAUUCUAAAAGUGUGUGUCUCCAAUUUAUUGUACCUUAUUAUUGUAAUAGAUUUUAAAUUUUUAAGAGGUGGUAGUAAAGCUGUCCUUGUACAAAAUGCUGAUAAAAAUAUAAAAGUUGUUUAAAAUAGUAUCACAGAAUAGAUAUUUAAUCUAGAUAUCAAACAAUAUUCCAUUUGUCAUAUUAAUAAGUAAAGCAGAAGCAAAUUUUUAAUAAUAAAAAAAUACAUUAAAUUAUGACCUACCAAUAAUGAA